AUGUUCCGGAAGCUUCCAGCAAUGACGCAUUCGAUACGCUACGUCGCGCGUCUAGUUUCGGCACCGCCACAACACAGGUUCCGACCGGCCAAGUGCGAAAUCUUACAACGGAGGGAACCUUCAGGUGCUGGCUUGUGGACCGCAGGCGGCGAUAGCACGGAGACCCCUGACGGCCAGAAUGUGCAGCCUGUCGUCGACGAUCAGCUGCGUCACAUCUUUCCCGAAAGGCCUGCUGUGGUCACAUUGCUGCGCAGCAACAUCAAUCUCCCCACAGACGAAGCUGCGCAUCUAGCUGAGGAAUGCACAGGAUCAGGGGGUCCUUAUGUGAAUGGAGAGUGUCCUCGUGACAGCGAGCAUAACUGCGUCCGGAUCUCGUUUUCCAUGCUGCAGGAUGGGACUAUGGCAAAUGAGAUUGAGCUAUGUCAUACACUGGUGCAGUGGCCGUACCUAACAGAAAUGUCUUUGGUGUCAUCUAUCAUAGCGAUUUUCUUGCCAGGUUGGGGUCAUCCCUCAUCAGGCGCGGAGGCGCUUUUGCGAUUAUCUGCAACCCCUUGGUUCUACUUAAACUUCGUGCUACGUAACAGCCAACUUUAUGUUCCUGUCCUGGCCCCGCACCUGCGGCACUUAACUUAUGGCUGGCGUGCAGCUGCUGCGGAGGCGGCCAGGAAGGAUGUCCAUCUGACUCCAGAAAAUUUGCAGCAGAUCUUUGCCAGUAUGGUGGACGAUGGCAUUGCCGUGAACACGUCAACGAGUGCCCCAUCUGAGAGUGGUGAUGGGCGGCAACGCCUGUGCAAUGAAAGCAAGAAGCCUCCUUUGCCCAAGCUAUCAAGGCCAUUUCAUCGCGUCGGCUUGGUUGGGAGUAACGACGAGGCCACAAGGUCACCACUUGGGGAUCCUACAUUGUCAUGCAACUGGGCCACUCUGUCUAUGCGGCAAAUGGCGGGUGUUCCGGCGUGUGAGGAUCAGCCAAAACGGCUGGAGCAAAUGGGUGUGGUACUUACAAUGGCCGCCUUUCGGGUUGGUUACUUUGCAGGUGGCGAUGGCGAGAGCAGCCUAAAACUUGACUUACGCAAUGGCGCGGGUUUUGUACGACACAACAGUGCACAGGUGACGAACUGGCUUCUGCCCAUCCGGAGUAUGUCCUUUGAGCAUCGCUGCGCUGCGCCCACGGUCGAAGAGUCACAAGUGCUCCAAAAGUAUAUCGUCGCUGCACGUAAGCUGGUGUUUCAAGUGAAACGUAUGCAACGCCACAAGGAGGAAAAAAAGAGGAUAGAGGAGCAGUCGACGCGCGGGAAUGUGACAGAAUCACAGCAGGUCGCAGUGAAGAGCUCCGCGGCCAGCAGGAAUGUCCUCAACGACGCAGAAGGUGUUUCAUCAGGAGUGGUGGGCGGUGAUGACUUUGCGUCAGUGCGCUCCCGUGCCAUGCAACGCAGUGGCGGGACGUCAGCUCUGGAUCUCCUGGUGGAGCAAGCAACGCUUCGCGCGGCCGGACUACUGGAGCUCCACAAUCUGCCGUUGCCCACAAGUUCUGCAGCCCUUAUCGCGUCUGGAAAACUCUUAUCGCGUCAACCAGCUGUCAGCAAAAUCUUAUUUAACCUUGAAACUGCAGUCAUCCGUGCCUCUUUUUCGAAUAUUCCACUGUGGCACGCCUUGUUGGACGACGUUGGCAUUGCGGUUGACCUUCUGCAGCGGAACAACGGUCUGUUCCCGCCGGCACCAGUAAUUGCUUGGCCGACAACCUCGACAUGUCCACGCGCCCAUACCCCUGCAUCUGAGGCGGCCAUGGAGGCAAGGGCAACUUGGAAGUUUCGAACCAGUUCCAUGUCGGUGGAAGCUAAGAUAGAGUCGCUUGGUUUCGUCCUUUGUGAUGAUAAGGCAAAGUCAUAUGGUGCACCUGAUGUUCUCACGGCUGCCUUGGAGCAGGUCACAGUCCAGUACAGCACAGAGAAACGCUGCUUGUAUAUUCGCAAUGCAAUCAGGUACUAUGACCACCUGCCAGAGCAGUCAGGCUGCAUAUCUCUACGUUUGGCGGCGCAGUUCUUGAAUAACUCCACAGGCCGGUAUGUCUUUGUGACAUCUAGCGAGCUUAUGAAGCUCACAUUCCAUCCAUCUUGCCUGCUAACUCUUGGAGACACGCUUUCCUUUGUCCGGCGCCUCUAUGAUCGACAUGAAGUAGCUACAACCGUCACGGGCGUCUCACGUGGGGGUGCAACUGCUCCGGUUGCCGAGGAUCCGCCCACUGUUAGCGAGCAGAUGGCGUUAUCUGGAUCUAUCAUGAUGCGCGUGCCCCAAAGGUAUCUUAUCCAGAACCUGACAGGGCUUAUGAUGUCUUACUGGGCUCCUAAAAGCGAAAGUGACGUGCAGCCAGCAUCUACCAAGCGGAUUCUGCCUUCAGGUUGUAGCGAGGAGUUGCAGGUCACGCCCACGGCGAAGCAGGUCAAAAUUGUGGGGCCGGGUGGAGUUGUCCUUACACGCUUGCAAGCACAGGUCAUUGUCCUUAAUUUUGAGGGGAGCUGGAUGCCAGUUACAGAUGUUUCUGUUGAUGUGGUGGGCAAAUACUGCUACGAGCUGCACUCACCUACCGACGACCAGCGAGCGCCUGUGGUAGUGGAUGUCGUGCUUGUUGGGCGUACAAAAAUCUUGAAAAUCCACUCAGCACUUUUUGUCCAGAAUAACACCAACUGUCGCUUGAGCUUUCGGCUGCACUUUCCAUCUGUAUCACUUGCACGCCAAGUUGUGCGAGGUGCUGGUGACGUACAGCUGCCAGGCGAACAGGACAUCCGCUUACGACCGCUAAAGCCAGGGGAAGGCCGCUACCUACCAGUCGUCGCCGCUCUUGGAGGCAGUUUGUACCUUGAGGCACGCACCCCGCAAGGAAAAGGAUGGUGUACAUACGAGGCCGCGCAGCACGACGUGAUAAGGCUUUUCCCACGAGUCAGUGAUAUGCUUGAACAGGCAGGGUUCAUCGCGACGGGAUUACCUGUUGUUAACCAAAUGGGGCUGUAUGGAAACUCACCCCUGCACUUCGCAGUCAAGGUGAGGGUCAGGACACGGACAGAGUACUCGUACACAACCUUUCAUUCUAUGGAGGUGCCAGGACCGGGUCUAUUUGCCAAGGCGAGCCGGCCUCUGGAAGCGUCAGUAAAAAUUUGUCCCACGAUUGUGCUUACGAACUCCCUGCCAUAUUACAUGGAGGGCUACAUCAUAUCACUGAAUGCCGUCAACCGCGAGCUAGAAGUUAGCAACAAGGGCACCACCAGUCCUCAGGUGGCCGCUAACCCGAUCACGGUAUCCGCUGGUAGCGUUUUGGCGGCGAGUGACGGUGUAAGCAACAACAGCGGUCCACCGGCUGGCGUAUCGAGGCGGUUCAUGAAGAUCCGUCGAAGUGAAACUGUUCUGGAGGAGACGCGUGAGCUUGACGAGGAACGCAUAGUCCUCGACUUCGAUGCACUGGUUAAAAUGUUGAAGCCAAAGGCGGCUAAGGAACUGCAACUUCGUAAGGUGCCCGGAUACGAGACCAUGACCUCGAACGUUAAAAAAUGCAACAUGCUUGCUCGAUUAUAUUGCGAGCUCCGCUGGGCUGCAAAGCGCAAUGUCAAGGAGAUGGACCUACUUACCCGGAUCGAAACAGAGCCUGCAGAUAGGGUUACAUGGCAGGAGCUUGAUGGCUUCAUCGAGUGGGCGAGGCAAAGUGUGCGGCUUGUGCAUGUGCCGCCAGGGGAGGCCCAGCCUCUGUACUUGGACAUGCACAAGCAGAUGGUUUUGUGCAUUAAGGUCCCUGAGUUGCACCUCCAUUGCACCAGGCCUGUCGAGGUGAACCACGGCUGCAGCACCGCCACGAACGGAGAUCACGAGCUUCCUGACUUCGUGCGCCUGGAAUACGUGGAGGACCCUGAUAUGCCCUUGAGCCAUGUUCUUCGGGAUAUGAUGUCGCGUAACCAUGUUGAGCCGGCGCGACCGCUGUUACAGGUGGUCAACCAGAAAUUUCAAGAUACUGCAGCAGCCGUGGGCGACAGGGUUGCCAACACUGUUGAUAAGGUGGCCAAUACCGUUCGUGACGUGUUCUCUGGGCCCCACCAUGGCAAGGCUGUUCAGCACACGCUACCGGCAGAAUCCGCACCACCGAAUUUGAUGCAUGCUGACUCCUUGUCCUACUGGCAAGACAACCAGAACACAAUUGUACGGUUGCAGCUGCUUGUGAAGCCGGGGCCCUGGCAUGGGACCAUUGGCACUGAUUGCAGUCACCAGGGAGCGGUGGGUACCGACACCGAUGCAGCGGCGACGCCCACGGCUAGGGGCCCACUGCUCAGCAGUCGCGUUGCUGACUCGUGUCAUGCCACAGGCCUAAAUGUUUUAGCAGCAGAUGCAGCUCCAGCCGCACAAGGGUUCCCUGCAACUGGCAACACCACUGGCGACAGUUUUGCUGCGUUGGAUCAUGGGGUUACUGGUCCUGCCUCACCAUUUGCCAGGCAGGCCUUCGCCGCCGUACCCUUGGACCUGGGGAAGAGCAACGAUUCAGCUGAUGCUGUUUCAGUGCCAACGUCGGAGCAACCUGCUACAGGUCUGCCAUCAUCCGGUGUGCCCCAGCCUAGGGCAUUAUCCUCAGGCUCGGCUCUCCCGCCAGCGUGGUCCAUCUUCGACAGAUUCCGAGCGUCGACUGUAGGCAAAACUCAUGAUGCCAAGGUUUUGCAAGCCACGGAAAGCAGUGAGGCUACAGUAAGGACCAAUCCAAGGUGCUCACAGACGACCAGUGCUACUGGCACCCCCCACCAAACGAGCCCAGGAAGUGUUGUGCACGAGAGCGAUUCCGCCAGUCCUAUAUGUUUUCCGGGAGCAUCACCAAGCAGGCACUCCCAAGAAUAUGCAUGCCAAGUGACAAUGCCCACAAAAUCUGCUUUCCAUGCGGACGCAACUUCAAGCAUGGCCAUACCGGGUGCAUCUUAUGGCGACGGCACGGCGACCGGAGUUUGCACAGGCGACAGGUUACCUUUACGAACGCCGAGAAGCAGCGGCUCUCACCGUCAUGACACGUUGUGGUCCGUGAAUGCUGUGUACACAUGUGGAAGCAGCAUGUCGACGCUAUCCGGAUCUGAUUUGCCGACACGUGUGCCAGCUGUGGAGCUCCAUCAGCCGGAAGACCCAUUAAAAACGUUGGAAUUCGGGCAUUGGAAGAGCGGAUUGUGUUCACCUGUGCCUGGCGACCUAUCCCGCCGGGGAUCUGCAAGCACACGUGAAGCGGCCGGUGGGUCAGGCAGCAGCCGCCCGGCUACACAACCCGACAACCAACCAGCUGUGGCGGGUCAUCUAUCUGCAACACAAGAUUUGCUGGAUUCCCGUCCGGCAGCAAAGCUCUCCGACGGGUAUGCACACCUGGAGAAAUACAGUGAAAUCGCUGGCCGCAUUGCGGGACGUACAAACCGGGCCAUGCGACGUUCUGUUACUCUCUCCGGAAGUCCAACGCUGCGACGAGCACAUAGCAGGUCACUUCGCCCAGCUCUUAGCGUGGUUACCUGUGCAGCUGCAGGCGCCAGCACUUCGCGGAGCAAUGCAAGGGAAACCGUGUCCCUUCAGCUUUCAAGUCCACUGGAGGCACCCGUCGGUGCUUACCUACCUGGACUAGAGGCACAGGCGGGGAUCGAUGUCACCCGGCUACACGGCAUCUCCCCGGACAGCGAUUUAGAGACGGGCGACGUCAGUGAGGUGACAAGGGACGGGCAUCGAGCUUCUGGUAACACACGGGACUUAAACAGUCGCAGAGUUGAGCGAGACCUGCCUUCCAUUAGCGAGGCUGCGAAUCACGGCACCACUGGAGAACUGAACAUAAUGGGAGGAUCGACUAUGGUGGCUUCAGGAAACGUCAGCAGUCAGCUGCCCCAUGGUAGAAGGUGGACUGCUGAUGAUGUUGGCAAUGAUACAUGUUACGUGGACGAAUUUCUGGGGUACGACGACUUCGGCAUCUUGGCCGGGGCCAGUGUGGCUGAGACGUGUAGGAAGUCACCCGUUGGCCCUAAAAGUCACUCGGAGAAACGCCUGUAUGGUAGGACCUCUCGGCAACCACGUGAGCGUGCAUUAAUGGGACGCCUUCAGCAGUCAUCUUUGGAAGGCGGUGUCGGCAAGAAAGGGUCAUUACAACGAAGCUUCAAAGCCUUUCUGCUUCGAGAAGGGCGGCUACCAUCCAAUCCAAUGCUGCUGGCCAAAAGUGCCAUGCAGGUUGUGCCACGCCUUCCUGACAUAGCCCGCAUAGUGGGAGAAAGGAUUGUCGAUGGUGGUCAACAGGUUAUCCAAGGGGUUCCACACAUGGCAACGGUGGUGGCAGACACUAUUAUUGCUGGGGGCCAAGGUGUUAAGGAGAAGGUGGUCGAGAGCACAGAGCAAGCUAUCAAGAUUGCAAAGCCGAAGAUCAAGAAAGGUCUUUUGGCAAUGGCGUGGAAGGCGACGGAAGCUAUGCGCAAGAGGAAACAGGGAGUAGAUGGUUUUGCAACCUAUGACAACCUCCAGUUCUCUCGCAGCGGCAAACACAAGAACAGUCAGGAACGUGCCCCUAAAGUUUUACUCCUCAGCUUGCAUAACAGUCUCGCGGACAAGGACGAAUACGUCUGUCACUUGACACUGUAUGCCCCUUACUGGGUAGACAACCGCACCGGCUUGUACUUACUAUUCAAGGACCUAGACGCGCCCGCAGGCCUCGACAACUUGCCGUUCCUGUUAUGGAAUCCAGUUCGAGUUCCGGGGGAUAAACCUGGUAAUGUACCUAGCGAGGCAUCCAAGGAACCUGGAAGCUGUGAUGGGGUUUCCACGCCGCGCCUUGACAAGCGAUCGGUGUUGGGGCUACAGCCAGGCAAGGGACGGCGUGGUGGCCACGGCGGCCAAGGGCAAAAGCCGGCGCUGCUAAACGAUCAGGCACGCACAAGGUUUUGUGUAGAAGAUCACGGCCAUGCAAGGACCGACUUCUGUAUCGCAUUUACUAUUGCGACUAUCAACCAGAAGUACUCUGUGGAUAUCAAGGGGGAAAAGGUCCAUCCAUUCCUUUCGGAAGAUGCGUUGCGCGGGUUUGCUAAAUUUCCUAUUGCCUCAAUUGGGCCGCGUUAUUCCCGCAACGAGCCUAGCUUGCGCACAAAUGUUCCGGAAAUCGUCAGCAACUUUGGACUGGAUAGAGUGAACGGUGGAGAAUCUCCUACCGGGUUUUCCCCCCGCUCGAGUGCUCAACGUGGUCAGGUCCAAAUGGAAGUUAUACCUGUCCCUGAUGGCGUUACGCAGCGGAAGUCUGGGCCAGCAGCCGAUACAGCACCAAAGCAGCAGCCAAGUGGCCCUGAAGAGGUGUCCUUGAGUCCCCAACCUGCAAACAUUAAGGACGCGCUGUCGUCAGGCCUGCCGCCCCGUCAUGCCACGUUUCAAUCGGAUUUCGAGCUCCCGGCAGACGCUGCUGGACCUACAGAGAAAUUAGAUGUUGAAGGGUCUAGUGAACAGAGGACAGGCAUUAUACCGCUCCUGACAGGGGAACACCCGGCGUAUGCAUCAAGCCACGGCGUCGAAGCCGAAGGUGUUACCAAGACAAAUCAGGCUUCAAGCAGCCAGCCCGCGGCGAUAUGCGCAAAGCUGUCCGGAUUUGGUCCGACGGCUUCGGCGGACACAGGUCUGGCUCUGCCUAAGCUUCAAAAUGGUCCUAAAGGGCUUACUGUACCGGAAAUUACUCCGGCUGACAAUGGUGACGAGGAUUAUGUUGAUGAUGAUGGAAAAGGUCCACCCAUGACGUCGAUGCCGACGGCUCCGCUCCCUGAUAUUCCCAAGCACGGAUUCCUAAGGGCAGAAAUUCCGUCCCUGCCGAGUCUGUAUGCACCGAACGCGGACACUGCGUCGUCCUUUGGCAGGCUGCAAGGGUCAGCUCCUGCAGGAGAUCGGUUGUCUUCGGCAUCGGCAAUAACUGAUAUUGAGCGUAAAGGACGUAAGCGUUCCUCCCGGCAAGACAGCAACCAAGAUAGCAUUGAGCGCACCCAGUCUGGCCACAAGCAGUCGGCGCCCACCCAUGUGCGCCGUCUAUAUCAAUUCGCUGUGGAGGUCUGGGCUGCACCAAACGACACUGUGUUUGGCCGGACAAAGGUUAUAACUGUCAAGAACAAGUACUUGAUACUCAAUGCCACUGGAUUGCUUAUCGAGUACAAGCAGAAGGGAACUCCAGAUCCAGGCUUUAACCCCGGUCAAGGGAAGUAUGGUAAAACAAGGCGCUUUUCCCGGCGACUACCGCAUAAUUCUAGCGCCUCUUGGCACUGGGAUGAUGCAGACGCUGAACACGAGCUGGUAAUACGUCCAGCAGGUGACGACUGGGAGUGGUCAGGUAGUUUUGAGCUUCCUGAAGUCGAGGACUACUUUGGCCUCCGUAUUCGCCAUCGUCAGCGCAACGAGUACGUCAUUAUUCCCGUCAAUAUCACUGUUGGCGCUGCAGGAUCCGUGCUCGUGACUCUAAACAGCAAAGGGUCCGUUCCUCCAUACAUGAUUAUCAAUCGCUGCCGGGAUGUGAUUAUCCGCCUGAAGCAGGCUGAUUACAACCCCCGCCCUGUGAAUGGCGGGGAUUCUAACAGACCGCGGGAGUGUUGGGACGAAAUCCAGCCGGGAUCAAACCAAAUGCCCUUUGCUUGGGACGAGCCGCGCCUCAGGCACGUUGUUAAGGUUGUGGCCUACAUUGAGCGGGAUAAAGCGACAAACCAGGCCGACGCCAUUGACGUGGACCUGGACGCUGUUGACGCGAACCGCACAAUCGACAUUCAGUCACGGUCAGCGCUUCCCUUGCAGUUAAGCACUCAUGCAGCCCGGGCCAAGUUAACAGACAACGCAAAGAAGGUCUACGUCACUGUCUACGCGGAUGGACCCACGCGUGUGCUUUGUUUCUCCGAAGACCGCAGUGGCGCCGCCAAUCUGGAUGAUGAGAACAGUCUGCUUAACCUGUCGUAUCGACUGCAAAGGGUAGCCUCACGGUUGAAGGAAGUUGACAGAAGGCUUGUGCAGCGAUUGGGUGGUGUAUUGGAUUUAGAAGUCGGCGCGCAAGCUACUGUUGAACACGAUGGAGGCAGCAGCCAGCGAGCAAAUACUGCGAGUGUCUUGGGCGAUGAACACCGGCGGCCUGUUCGAAACCGUGCUGGGCAUGCCGCUCCAUCUCGGUUAAUUGGCAUGGGCGCAUUCCGCUUUGGAGCCCUGCAAAUGCCGUCUAGUGGAACGGCUACACCAUCAGUAUUGCAUCCUGGUGGUGCAGGCGCAGGCGCACAAGGAGCACAGUUUGCAUUCUCGCGCUUUCCAUCCUUGGGGUUGCGAGGCGGAAGUGGCACAGCGUCAGUCGCACAAGCGCCAAUCGCUAACACACCAGUUUCCAACUCCACGCUUUCUCCUGCAGCACAGCCAGCGCACCCCAGCCGAACCCAAUCGAACCAGAGUCAUGGGCCUAGCAUCACCAGACUUGCUCAAGGGCUAUCACCGUCUAUGGAUGGGCUCGUACCGUUGUUCAGGUUAGCCCCAGGCGCUGACGAUGCAUCAUUGCAGACACUGGAGGCUUUACCCGCUUACGGUGGAAACAUCGACUUGCCCGUUGGCGGAGACCUUACUGUAAUUCUCCGUUCUGUGGAGGGGCUUUCGGCAGGCUUAAGGAGCAACGAGAAGAUUAUCGCUGUGGAAGGUCAGAUGGCAGUUGUGUCCAGCAUUCCUGGUAGGGGCGAUGUCAAAGCCAGCUGGAUGCAGCCCAUUGACCAGCCUACAUUGCCUUCCAAUGGCGGUAGCGGUGGUGGUACAAAUGUAGCUGGUCCUGGGAGCUCUACGUGUCAUGUACUCCUGCAGGAUCAUAUGGAGAUCUUCCGUGAUGUUGCUGCUUCCUCGGAACUGCGGAUCGAGUUUUACGUUGCCAAGGGGACAGAACAAUCGCAGGUUGGGCCGGUUGGGCAGGGCUGCCUUACGGUUCUCCCAAGGAGGCAGCAGCUGAGACCAGCAUGUACCUCUCCCUCCAGUCAGAGCUGCGCCACGGCUUCCGGGAUCAGCAGCGGGCGCACAGCAGGCAAUUCAUUGGCGGCACACAUGCAUCGUCUGGCUGCCAGCGGCGGCCAAUUUGCCGGCUGUGUACGUAUCCCACUUUCCUUCACACUGGGUUGUGAAAAAGAGAAGAUCUGGCGCCUGGCGCUAGAGCGCAAGGCAGGAUCGCAGCUCAUACGUGGCUACGUUUCCUUGUCAUUUGCGUGGAGGAUAACCAGUGAGGGAAUGUUAGUGCACGAGGUUACUACUCUUGAGCGUAUUCUGGAUGAGAAGCUUGAGCUCCUGGCGCAGCUGAAUCCGAUGCCCAUUUCGGCCGCCGCGUCCUUCGUUCAUGGCCCUACGGAGCAAGCCAGUGCUGGGGUGCAAGACCCUGGCUCAGCAGGUGCAGCUUUCUCUACACCCACCGCUGGCGGCGUCGUUGACCAUGGGUCUCUUAACCUUGGUUCAGGUGGUAUUGCUGCAAGUACUGCACGCCCAUUGCAAGUGAAAAAGACUGCGAAGGCCUUGGCGGAAUCUUAUUACGUCAACCUGGAGUUAUCCAUCCUGGAAAUCGCCGGGCUCCUGCCACGCGAGGGCUUACGCGCAACUGUUGCAGCUUCAAUGUACGGGCGCCAAACAGCCAGCACAAUGUCAGUUGCAAUGCUUCCCCGUGCUGUCGUGACGAUGACAUGUGGUGGCGACACAAAGAGAGAAAUUGCAAGCACCAAUUCGGUCAACCCGCGGUUCUCCAAGAACAAGCACACCUUCGAAAAUGUCCCUCUGGGUUCCAAGUUGGAUUUAAAGGUGUUUGACCAAGUGAGCGGAUCAUACACCAAGCCCGUAGCUGAGGCUGAGCUUCACCUGUCCCUUAUUCCGGGCACUGACCCUAUCUACGCUUGGGUGGCGCUGGCACGGCGUAAGCAUGGUUCGCGGUCGCAACGGAUGCUUGCUUUGAUAAUGGUUAUGGAGGAGGAGGGUGAUGCUGGUGUACAGUUGCUCCUGCGAAUCAAGAUAAACAAGCCGCAGAUCCACGGCGUUUCAAUGGCCGUUACACUCGACUUGGCGGGUAUUGGGUUAUGUGCGAAGACUAACCUCGAAGAGCUCUUCAACUACACCAUGCAUAAGCUGCGUGCAAUGCUGGUACAGACACGUACUGAGGUACAGUUGUCUCUGGCUGUACAAACAAUUCAGCUGGACAACCAGAUGCUUGAGGCGAAGAACCCUGUCGUGUUGUCCCCGGCGGAUGUUUCAGGAUCUAGCAGUUUAGCGCAGGCCAGGCGGCGACAUAUGGCGCAGUUCUCCCGACGCAUGGGCCGGUCUAAUCCUGUUCUAAGGGUGGGAGUCCAAGAUCCCUCUCUGCGGGAUCCACUGUUAACUUGCCAGGUGGUUUAUAACCAGGCUGGCAGCAAUCAUGCGAUGGUCAACUCAAAGGAGGACAGCGUGGGCAUACUAGCCUUCAGGAAAGUCGUGAUGCAGCUUGGUCCGUUGGAUUUCUCCGCUGAUCAGGAGUUCAUUGAGGGUGUCAUUGCCUACCUCAACGGCCUUCCCUUGGAAGACUUUUAUCAGGACAAGGAGUGGCAGCUGAAGAUUGAUGCCAUGCAGGGAGGAAGCAUGGCUCCAAUUGGUGCUGCGGAAGAUCUAAUCACCUUAACGCGUCAGGACAGCCUGAGCGACUUUUCCUUCGCAUGGCUUGCUGCCAAGGAGGCUAAGGAGUUUGAGCUGCUGCGCGGCCAGAGCUCCAUGUGGUUCUACCUUGAGGAAAUCCGGUGGGCCCGUGCUCAGCCUCGGGAGUUUUACUUAUCGGACGUUUUCAUAAAUGUGACGCUGGCGCUCUCGAGCAGCUUUAACACAGGCGGCAGUGCACCCAUGCUGGCAAGAAGCACCGGCAGGGAGGACGACCGCCAACGCUCCAUGCUGCGGGGUUUUUUGUCGCGCGUCUCGGGGAGCAAUGGCUUCCAGCUCAUUAACGUUACAAAUGCUCCCAUUCAACUGGAGCACGUGGAGCUGAAGAAUCACCUAGUCAACCGGGUCUCUCUAGUCAACAAGCUGUACAGGCAUUACUCCUGGAUUGCGAUUGCACAGGCACGGAAAGUUUUGGGUGGAGCCGGACCUGCCAUUGCCGCCAUUCCCGCAUCGCUGCUCUGGGCCAGCAUAGCGUUAGUUGACCUGGGUCAGGAUGUGGCCGCCAAGCGUGUGAAUCCACUUUUGGUGCCGGCACGCAUCGGCUACGUUGCCUUCACCCUCAUGGGCCAGGUUAUUGGCGUCCUCAGCCGCACCAUGUGCGCUGUGAUGGGCGUUCUGCCGCCUCGGUUCUCAUCGGACAGUUUGAACUUGUGUGACUCCGAGACGGCACGGCGGUUCGGCAUGAAGCCGCAAACUGCAAUAGAUGCAUUAUACCUUGGCCAGCGUGAUGUCGUUUUGGGCUUGAUGUCAGCUGCCUUUGGCUUUGUCCACGACACUGCAGCGGGUGGACGAUGGAAGGGCGGGCUCGUCGUACUUGGCGUUCCUGCUGGAAUACUCAAAGCAUCGCUGGGAUUAGGCGUUCGGCCGGCCGCGGGGGCUGUAGAAGCGACCAGCAAGCUCCUGCAGGGCAUCGGCUUGGCAUGCCUAGGCAAGCGCGGCAUCCAAGGCAAACUUGUCCGCAGGGUUCAGGCGCCUGGGCUGGCCAUUACUGAUGUCGUCCAGGCGGCGCGGGCUAGUGUCGCACAGGCGGCAAUACAGGCGGCUCUUAUAGCCGCAUGGCAGGCUGCGUUGCCGGCGAUCUCCUCUUCGCUGGCAGAUGAUGAUGUGCUGGAUGUGGUAGCAGCCCGCGCGACUCGCGUUGUGUUGCUGACCAAUCGCCAUCUCGCGUACUUGUACGCUCGCCGUGUUACAGCAACGGCAUCCACGUCUUCCUCGGUAGCCUCGGGAAACACGACAUCUGGUGCUUUCUCAGUGACCUAUCGGGUCAAGUGGAUUAUCCGCAAUGACCACAUCGAUAAUAUCCGUGGCGUCGAUCGCAACUAUGCUGUCAGCGUCGAGUACCACAAACCAGUGAAGCUUGGCCGCUUGUCUCUCAAGUUGCCUCUGCACAGAGGCAUGCGAACGACAACAGCGGAAGGUCAUAAAGACCUCAUUUUCCGCUUAAAUCGCCACAUUGGCCGUUCUGCCCAUGGCAAUGCGUUCGUCAGCACAAUAGCGGCUGUGACUGCGGAUAGUGCGGGAAAUGCUGGCACAAGUGUGCAAGGCCUGCGCAUUAUGAUGCCCGCCGAAGUCGAGGUGGCUGCGGUGGGGCAACAUGGAGCUCGUGGCUCGCAGGGCACCCCACGGUAGCACCGUUGUGGCACAGUGGAUGGUUAUUCCGAGCAAAGACAUUGGGCUUAGCUUACUACUGAGCAUGGGGUCUAACCAUUUUUGAGGCGUACAUUCAUUAGUUAUCAAGUUCAUCCGACGUUUGUAUUGUUCUACAGUGGCAUGUAUGCAUCCAAACCAGUCCUACUUAUGUUUUACCAUGGUUUUACCAUUGUACGUCUAUCUGUUCACCAUCGCGGGGUAAAACCUUCAGGUGGCUCUCUCUUUCCUUCGAAGCAUUGUUCUAAUCUUAUUGAAAAAUGACGUAUCUUUCUCUUGUCGAGGAAUUUCGUGGCAACCUCCUUCCAUUGAUUACUCUGUGGAUUGUCAGAGUUAGGCAUUAGCAGGCGCAAUGCACUCGUCAAAAUGGUCAGUAAGACACUGCAUUUCUGGCUUUUCUGCUUGGUACACGGUGGGUUGUAUCAUAAAAAGAUCAUUUUUCUCUUUUUACUUGACCGCUCUUUCUUUGACCGUAGAUUUGCAUAGCUUGUGUUCAGGCGCGGAGAGUUAAAUAGGGGUUAUGGGAUCGUUUCUUUGCCUUUUUCUGGAUACUUUGCAAUGCUUUACAAUUUGAACAAGCUGUUGGAAAUAAACACUGGUCUAUCGAUUGGCUGAUUUGAUGGGUAUAUAUAAAUUAUACAAUGUCCGGGGCUGCGUGAAACACCGGCAAUGCCGACAUGAUAUGCUUGUAAGGAGGACCUUAGCCCGAAGGUACACAGGCAAUGCAGUCGGACAUUUCCCCUAACGAACGCGGGAAAUAAUAAAGGUCGGCCUAUGGCUGUCGGCUUUUGCACCUGAACGCGAUGAAAGAUGCUUCUUCUCCUUGCGACAGCACCUAAGCAAACACCCAAGAAACGAACCAGCCAGCCGUGCGUUCUCGCACCACUCGGGCCCCUAACUUUUCACCAGACACCUCAGCCGCCAUGGUAGUCCAAUUGUGUUUCGGGCACGACGGAGCUCAGCUCGUCGAGCCGCAUGCCCUCCUGGCCAUGGUUUCCGCCGGUGGUGGCAGCAGCACCCGUGAACUGACCUUCAGUGUGCUUCACAGCGACGGUCGUUUCACCGGCAGCACAAGCAUUGCUCUCUCUUUGUACUUGGGGCAUCACAUGUCCGACAUGCGCAGGUAAACACCGGGAAACGGCCAACAUGCCCCUCCACGCUAAAUCAACUGAGUUCGUUUUUUCCUCGGCGCUGUCUUUUCCGACUCUCAUCCCCGUGGCAUCGCCAGUUAUUACCGUCAGCGAGGAGCCUUCUCGCGUGCCUGCUGUAACUUGUGGGCCAGGCAACCCCUCAGCAGGAAUCCUUCCCCAUGGAAGCUCGGCUUCCACCGCGUUCCCCUUAUGCCUGUCUUCAAUAAAUGCAUUAGUACCGUCAAUCCUCGACACAGUCGCUGCAGGCACAAUCUGCAUGGAUGCGGCGGCCCAGGAACCUGGCGGCUUGCUCUCCUGGCAGUGUAACGCAUGCUGCUGAGGUGCACCCCCAUCCCGCUGUAGAGGGCGACAUACAGACUGGACCGCACCGCCGCCCGGGAUCGUCGCAGAAGGCUUCUCAAGAUGGUAUUGCGGAGCACGGGAUGUCGGGCCGCUGGCUGCCGGCCUGUUUGCAGUCCCAACCGCCAACGCCUCCUGGGAGGGGCUACCGACUGCGCCCUGACCUUCAGGUGACGCUGCUACUGGUUGUGUGGCGGGUGUGGCCGCAAGCACCGUUGGUGCCGCAGCACGAUGGUCCUGAGCGUGUAGUGCCAUCCGCAGCUGCGUUG